UCCUCCACUGCAGUGGGAAAUCGAUUUUUCAGAUUUCGUGUUUUAUUUUAUUAAAAGUAUUUCAGAAGUAAGAGUAUAAAACGAAUAAUAGUCUAAAUAUGUCGCAAAUUGUAACAAAAGGUGGUGACAAAAGCCAGGAUGAGAAACUGCUCAUGCCAUUUACUUACAUACAACAAGUGCCCGGUAAGCAGAUACGAUCCAAGCUUACCGUGGCCUUUAACUAUUGGUUGAAAGUGAGUGAUGAAAAACUUCGAGCCAUUGGUGAAAUUGUUCAAAUGCUACACAAUUCAAGUUUAUUACUGGACGAUAUACAGGACAAUUCAAUUCUACGUCGAGGUAUUCCAGUGGCUCAUUCCAUUUACGGUAUCGCGAGCACCAUCAACGCUGCCAACUAUGUCGUCAUCAUCGCGCUUGAAAAGACCUUGAAACUUGGACAUCCUAUGGCUACUACAGUGUACACUGAACAACUGCUAGAAUUGCAUAGAGGACAAGGUAUAGAGAUAUAUUGGAGGGAUAACUUCCAAUGCCCCACCGAAGAAGAGUACAAGGAGAUGACUAUGAAAAAAACUGGCGGCCUUUUUAUGCUGGCGAUUCGUUUGAUGCAGUUAUUUAGUGAUAACAAAUCUGACUUCAACAAAUUAUCUUCAAUCUUGGGCCUAUACUUCCAAAUUAGAGAUGACUACUGUAAUUUGUGCUUGCAAGAGUACUCAGAGAACAAAAGCUACUGUGAGGACUUAACAGAAGGCAAAUUCAGCUUCCCCGUGAUACACGCGAUUCAAACUCGUAAAGACGAUAACCAAGUACUUCAUAUUUUACGGCAACGUACCAGAGACGUCGAAGUGAAACGUUACUGCAUAUCGCUCCUAGAGAAAUUCGGAAGUUUUCAGUACACUCGAGAUCGUUUGCAAGAACUCGACAACGAAGCUAGGGCCGAGGUAAAACGUUUGGGUGGUAACCCCUAUUUGGAGGAGUUAUUAGACGAACUUCUCAGCUGGCGACGAGACACUAAAGCAACAGGAAACGAGGAAUAAAUAGAAAUAUUCCUUUC